AUGUUUAAUACAAUGGCUACUGCAAGAAAACCAGAAAAAGUAGUUGGAAUUGAUUGGGGAGACCAAUUAAUUAAAGUUACAUUUAAUAAUAAAAGUACAGAACAUAUAAUAAAUAUGUAUUUUGGAGUAACAGCAACUGAUCAACCUCCAAGUGCAAUAACAUUAAGUAAAGGAAAACUUUAUACACUUUAUAGUUCAACUGUUUGUUAA